CUUUAAACUUUAACAGUUAAAUAUGCAAAGAAUAACGAAUUUUUUUGUCGUCGUUGGUUCUUACUUUUAAAUAAAGUAGUCAAUGAAAUUCGGAGUAAAUGUCACGUUCAAUUUUAGUUAAUGAUUUGAAUUGUCUGGACGUGAAUUGUGAGUUUCCCGGGUCGAGUGGUACAGUCCGGCUCGUGUUCGUCUCUGGGUGGACGUGGCGGCCUCUCGCGUUCUCUGUGUUUCCCCGUCUCUCUGAACAUCUCCGUCAGCCCAAAGCGAGCAGGGGCAGCCGUCAAGGUACCCAGAUUCGGUGGGAAACAUGACGGCAAGGGAUGAUCUGCAGUUCCAGGAAUUUGAGGAUGCUACGAGUCUGUUGGCAUCUUCACCUGGAGCCACCACGGUCAGCAUCGAGGAUGAUGUCGGCCCGCCACCGAGGAAUCAGCGGCCACAGCAGCAGCCGACGAGAGUGGCAGAGCGAGGUGGCGGCGAGUCCGAUGAUGACGAUGAAGAGGUAGACAUGCUGGGAAGACUUGGUGAUAAGACAGAGUUGCUAUCUGAAGAGAAAAAGAGCGCCCCCUUCUGGACAUUUGAUUAUUACAAAACAUUUUUUGACGUUGAUACACACCAGGUUUUGGACAGAAUCAAGGGCUCAAUGAUACCGUUUCCUGGAAGGAGCUUUGUGCGCAAGCACAUUCGGGGCAACCCCGAUCUUUACGGUCCGUUCUGGAUCUGUGCCACACUGGUGUUCGCAAUUUCCAUCAGUGGGAACCUCUCCAAUUUGUUCACGCAAGCCAGUGGUUCCGAGUACCACUACGUCGCUGAUUUUCGAAAGGUGUCCAUUGCUGCCACAGCUAUUUACUCAUAUGCAUGGCUAGUGCCACUGGCGAUGUGGGGCUUUCUGCUGUGGAGGAGCAACAGGACAAUGGGAGUGAUGUCUUUCUCCUUCCUGGAGAUCGUGUGCGCUUAUGGGUACUCGCUCUUCAUCUACAUCCCCACUGCGGUGCUGUGGACAAUACCGUCGGGUGUUUUGCAAUGGAUACUGAUAGUUGUGGCGAUGGCGCUCUCUGGCUCGGUGCUGGCGCUAACUUUCUGGCCUGCAUUCCGCGAUGACGACAAACGAAUUGCGGUGGCCACCACAGUGGUCAUCUUCUUAUUGAACACAUUGCUGGCUGUCGGCUGCAAGUUGUACUUUUUCUCCACACGUCAAGCGCACAUCGCUGCUGUAACGACUCUGAGCCCGCAUGUGACGAUGGCACACAGGGCCAACGGCACGGCACACUGAGCUCUCCGAGGACAACUGCACAUCAAACAAGAACAUGUUUUUAAUCUUGAUGUAACAGAUUUGAGAUUGUUAAUUGGGAAUAAGGUGAACUUAAGUGUUAUUUAUGUACACUUUGCCAGGCACUUGCAGAGAAAACAUUAAAUUUCAAAUGCAUGUUAGGUCACCUUUCUUGACUAUGUAUUGUAUAUUUUAAGUGUAUACAUGUGAGGUGAAUAGUGCCAUGAAAAAAGAGUGGUUAAGUUUGGUUCCAGGCUGCUUAGCAGAUAUCCAGCCCCAUAUAAAAGAUGCUAUGUAUAUACUGUGUACAGAGUAUAUAUAUACAAUGCAGGAAAUUGUAGUUUGUACAGUCUCAUUCAGUUGAGUAAUCAUAAACCGAAGUUGUAUUUGUUUGGCAGAGGAAUGAUUUGCUGCUUUUUGUUUAGUUGUCCUUCCCUGCACGUCCGAUUAGCUACAUGGUGCAAAAGCUCAUACAUUUGGGAUUUUUCAAAAGAUGACAAAUGCCUGUUGUCCAGAGCAUGCACUCGACUCGGGUCUUCAAGUUUGAGAAUGGCAAGUCUUUCUGCUGCUCCACUUUGGCUCCCAUGUUAAAAAUCUUGAAGACCACAAAAGCAUGGAGUGGAAUUUAGCACAUCCAAAUGUCUAAUUGACAGCAAUGUUCGUCAAUGGCAUAUACGCAUUUUGUUUGCAUGCAUUUUAUUUUCCAAAGUUGUCACACUGCUAAAUGUAUGCAGAAUUCAUAUUCAAGCUAAAGUUAUGAAUUUAAAUGUUAUGAAAAAAACCCAACUACCUUUGACAUUUAAAAUAAAUAUCUGCAGUAAUGUUUUUUGGUCAUUGGGGGAAAGCUUGAUUCUAUAUGGGGCCGUCUUUCAUUCAGCAACCCGGUUUAGAGGCACGCAUUUACCGGACUACAAAAAAAUUAAGUCGAUGCUAUGGAAUGAAAGAAUAAGCGAUGCAUUUGGAAACUUAAAACACUGUCCACAUGUUAGCAAACAGUAUUGUCAAUGAGAGUACCUGCUGAAGGUGUAUAUUUGCAAAGCAAACAUUUUCAAUAGGGACGGUCCACAUGAAUUUUCAAAAAUUCCUUUUAAGAAUCCACUGCUGAACAAAGGCUUCCCUUUGUAUUAAUUGUCCUGGGGGUUGACCAUAUUUCGCACCACACUUGCGGACCCACCCAUACGGGACAUCUGUGGUAAAAAAAAGCUUCAUAGCUCAUUGGGAUUCCUGCAUUCUUAAUCAAAAGAUGCACAUUCUGACUUCGUGUCACACUUGUCAGCACAGAUUAAAGGCUGGGAAUGGCAGGUGGGAAUUGAAACCCGAUCGCCAGGGAUACUUGCAAAUGAGGCUAUAUCCUGGUGUCUUAGUUCUCCCCUGUUUCAUCCAUUUUUUGCACUUCCAAUUGGCACGGUUGGCCUUAAGUAUUGUGCCAAAUGAGCUUAACACAUGUUAAACAAACUUGACAGUUCAGUGCACCACUAUCCACUGCGUUUAAAAUUAACGUUCCUGUUAAAUGUUAUAUCCUAUCACAAUCAUCUGGAAAGUGUCCCAUCUCAUUAAAUCGAAAUUGAGGGUUAGGCCUGGAGUAUUAUUUGAAUGUGUAACCACGCACAUCAGGUUGAUGGCUGUUGCAGAGCUACUUGGUGGGAAGCAGUGGCGCUAAAAUCGUGAGUUUUUCUAUUCACCCAACUUCCAACCUGCACUGACCAGCAUAGUAAAGUAUGGUCAGAUAACCCCCAUGACCAUCCAGCAAGUGACAACGGGAGUUCAUGUAUAUUAUACAUUGGGUAUUUUUAUGCUCUUGGAACAAUAAAACGUGCGUUUGAUGGGAUUUC